GUGGGACGCUUCAGCUACUACCAGGGACAGUGUCGCUGGCCGAUACAUCAGGUUGGCCUUUCUUUCGCUGUCCUAGGAAGCGAUUCCCACCAAUUAGAACGAGAGUAAGGAUUUGAAUGACGAUUGGUUUGGUAUAACGAGCCACAGCCAAAUAAGUUUGCCGUAUGCUUUUGAAUGUACAGUUCACCUAAACGCAAUGGUUGGCUCGUAUGUUCGGCACUCGAGGGAGGUGAAGAACGUCGUACUGAAAGCGUACGAGGAAGGGGACGAUUGGAAGCAGGUCGCUUGCAUACUGAAGGUGAACGUGAAAACUUGCCGCAACUGGAUCCGGGCGUACGAAUCGACGGAAACGGUGGGACAGCACGGGGGAGUUCGUCGCAGAGCACUGGGAGAAAGCCACGUCGACUGUCUGGUUGAGUGGGUUUCUGCAGAGCCUACCGUUACCCUUGAACUCCUUCGUUUGCGGUUGAAGGCGGAGUUCGAAGUUUCAGUAAGUACCAGCACUGUCUCACGAUACUUGGAUGGUAGACUUAUAACAAUGAAGAAAUUGCACACCAUUCCGGAGUCCAUGAACACGCUGGAGAACAAAAAACGACGCAGAUCAUUUGUUUUGCAGCUCAUGGAUUACGAGGUGGAAGGAAGGCAACCGGUGUGGAUUGAUGAGACCAACUUCAACUUAUUUUGCUCCCGCACUCGUGGCCGCUCACGACGUGGCAGUCGAGCGCAGUGUACAGUGGCGAACAGCCGGGGACCGAAUGUUCAUCUUGUCGGCGCCAUGACAAACAACGGCUUGAUAGCGUGUUCGGUUCUGAGAGGAAGUUACAACAAGCAAAGGUGCGCUCAGUGGCUGCGACGAGUGCUUGAUACCAACGGAACAGGAUUUGUGGAAAGGUGUAUUUUGAUUUGUGACAACGCGCCCUGUCACACGCACCUGGAGCACGUUUUUCUGGAGGAACCGUACCGCUCUGGGAGACUUCUACGCCUUGCGCCAUACUCACCAGCUCUCAAUCCCAUCGAGGGCAUAUGGAGCAUAAUAAAGGCUCAUGUAAAACAGGCAAUGAAGGGACGGUACUCCGAGAUGCUCCUGGGGGAUCCUGAAGGCAUUAUGAAUAAAAGCGAGUGGCGCAUUCGGUUUUUGGAGCACGCGGUGUCUGAAGCACGGGCUUUAGUGACGCAGCAGCACUGCAAACAAAUGGUUCAACAUGUCAGUAAGAAUUAUGGACGUGUUGUCCAUUUGGCCGAUCUGUAAAACAUUCUGUUGGCAGUAAACUACCUGUUCUAAGCGAGUGUUGUUCUUACAUUAUUAUGAUGACGGGUCAGAGUGAACUUUAUACUCUGCUAGAAAUAGCUAGUUCUCUAAUCGGGG